GAUUUGUUUGGAAAUGGCCUCCUAUCUUGUGUGCCUCACGACAGCGGGAGGAGUGCCUUUGUUCACGAGGUCAGCUGAUGAUCUGAAACCUUUGCCCUUCCCUGUGAUUGGUUCCCUAAAUGGUGUUCAUAUGUUUGGAAGUUCACAUGAGGUGACACUCCAGUCCACAACAACAGAAGAUGCCAAAAUUGUCUGGAAGGUGUUUCACGACAGUAUAACAUUGAUAAUCAUUGCCCAGAAUGAUGAUGCAGAUGACUGUCACUAUGGUAACCUUCUGAAUUUGGUAUUUAAUGCCAUGGUGCUGCUGGAUGGGAUAGAAGAAGUCACCAACAUCAAGAAUGUAGAGAAGUUCAAGAAAGAAAUCAAGGUAUGCUAUAAUUUGGUGGACAGAAUUCUUGGUAUUAAGGGAACAUGGAGAUUCUGUCAGGUGACCAACACUGUGGAAACAAUAGCAGCUCCAGAGAAUGCUGUUCUACAGAACUUCUUGGAUGCUUUUACAGAAGCAGCAGAAAGUGUAUUUGGGUGUUUGUUCAUUGAUGGAAAAUUGCAGUAGCAACAAAAAGUGGUGUGGUGUUUGUCUGCCAAUGAGCUUGUACUACUGUCUCUGUUGUUGUCUUCCUGGUUUUUUUUUAUUGGGGGGGGGGGGUGAAUCUUCCCUGUGUACCUUCCAGAUAGUCAUCCAACAGUACCUCACAGACUGAUGACCUUUCAGCUGGUUCAAGGGAUAGAAGUCUGUGUCAUCUGUGGACCAUCACCGUCACUACCAGAGCUAGAACCAGAGAUACUGAGAUUUUGGAAACCAUCUUAUGACUCUUUGAGAUCCGUGCUGAAACUGAGUUCCAGAAACUUUCCAACAAAUAUAGCAUUAGACCACAAUACAUUAGGGUUCUUGUUGAUAAACACAGAGGCUAAUCGCUGCCUCUUCAGUGUCAGCCCCACUUUCAGUGGAGGACAUCCUGAUGAAACUUUAAGUACAUCACAGAGGAGAGAGGUGCUGAAAUCUUUCUACAAGAGGAUGGUGGGGACCUUCUUCUCCUCUGUUGUCCCUGGCAGUGAUUCAGGUCCAUCAGAGUUCUCUCACCAAGCCACUGAGUCAUACAUCACUACGGAAACCCACAAAUGUUACGCAAUAAUGUCAGGUCCUUACCAAUUGUUUGCAGUGUACAGCGAGGGUAUACCUACUUAUGCCAUGAGGUCAAUAACACAGAAAACUUUAUCACUGCUGACUAAAGACAGGAACAUAUCAGUUUGAUACCAUCUCCGAUGGACAGUUUAUAUAUUUACUCAAUGUAUCCCAGGAUACGUGUACACCACCUCCAUGGUCAUUGGAGAUUAAAAGCUGAAGAACGGGAGACGAGGUAUCGAUAGUGAUCCCGAUUAUAAAGGUUGCUAUCGGAUGAUCUGACAGUGGUUAGUGACAGUAUAGAGUUCUGCAUUGUAAUAGAUGUGGAGAAACUGUGCAGAAUAUCAAGGAAAGAUAACUCCCAGCAUGGAUUACAGAAGUGGAUCAAAUCAUGUGCCAUUUGAAAAAACAAACAGCAAUAUUUCUGUACAGCUGUAUUGUAUGUAGUUCUUGUAAAUGAAGCAUUUUACAGCAGUUGUGUCGGGAAUUGUAAAGGUGAAAAUCAUUACAUAAAACUACAUUCGAUGUUACACAUUCUUUUACUUUGUACGAGUACAUAUAUCUGUGAUAUCUAACUUUACAUUUAUGUAUAUGACAGUAAAAUCUAAUUUAUCUGAAUUACA